UUGGAGAUGCCCCUUAAUAAAACCGGGGUCGAUACUGACGAGGAAGCAGCACAGGAACGGGUUAACGAGGACACAGGGGUAGAUGGCUUGUCCUGUGUUUCUGUGUGCUGUGGGAUGCUCCUCACCAUCAUCUCUACCCUCCUCAUCAUCGCAACCUUCCCUCUCUCUAUCUGGACCUGCCUAAAGAUCGUUGCUGAGUAUGAGAGAGCAGUGAUUUUCCGUUUGGGUCGGAUAGUGAGCGGAGCAAAGGGGCCAGGCAUCCUCUGGGUCAUCCCAUGUGUGGAUACGUUUCGAAAGGUGGACAUGAGGACAGUGUCCUUCAACAUACCACCCCAGGAGGUCCUCACUAAGGACUCAGUGACCAUAAUGGUGGAUGCCGUGGUGUACUACCGCGUGUUCAACCCCGUGGUGAACCUGACCCAGGUGGAGGAUGCCAACCUCGCCACCCAGAUGAUCGCCCAGACGACCCUGAGGAACAUGCUGGGCACCAAGAGCCUGGCAGAGCUGCUCAUGGACCGCGAGGAGAUGGCCGAACAGAUGGAGGAGGUGCUGUAUGACGCCUCUAAGCACUGGGGCAUCAAGGUGGAGCGAGUGGAGCUGAAGGACGUGAAGCUGCCUCAGAGUCUACAGAGGGCCAUGGCUGCAGAGGCAGAGGCCUCCAGAGAAGCCAGGGCCAAGGUGAUAGCGGCGGAGGGUGAGAUGAAGGCGUCGCGGGCCCUGAAGGAGGCGGCACAAGUGAUGUCAGAGUCCCCCGCCGCCCUCCAGCUGCGCUACCUGCAGACCCUCUCAGAGAUCGCCGGAGAAAAGAACUCCACUGUCAUAUUCCCCAUCCCACUAGACAUGAUGGGGGCUUUUAUGAGGAAGUAGAGGAGAGGAGAGUGGAGUGGAGUAGAGUACAGCAGAGUAGAGUACAGCAGAGUAGAGAUGAGGAGAAUAGAGUAGAGCUAGAGAGGAUUAGAGUAUUAGCAGAGUAGAUAGGAGCAGAACUCUACCAUAUCCCAUACCAUUAGACAUGAUCGUAGACGGAGAUAGUAGAGAGAAGAGAUAGAGUAGAGUAGAGUAGGUUAGGGUGGGGUGGGGUAGAAUAGAAUAGAGUAGAGUAGAGUAGA